CUGAGCUGCCAGGAUCAUCUGCAAUCAAGCUUUCCUCCUUGCGUGAUCUCCCAGCUCAGCUGCAGGAAUUGUACCAGCAGGGCUUCGCCUUGGCUGCUGUCCACCCGUUCGUGCAACCAACUGAUGAAAAAGUGAAGACUCCCCAGGAACAAAUCUUCAGGGCUGUGCUGAUCAAGAAAACAGAAAGAUCUCCAAAAGGUGAUGUCCCUAGUGAAGGAUAUAUCUUGGAGGUAGAGUGCUGCUCCUCUUUAAAUCAACUUUCAGACAAAAAGGAUAUACCUGAUUUUAUUAAGAAAAUUCAAGAUGCUGCAAGUCAAGGCUUGAAAUUUGUCGGAAUUAUACCUCAGUACCGAUCCCAAAAGAACUGCCUUGUCAGCUGCUCUCUGACACCCACCAGUAACAACUCGGUGCAAUCAAGAGAUAAUAAAAACCUUUCAAAUUACCCUGAGGAUCAUGCUUCGCUGGAUAGCGAGAAAAUAGACGGCCUAAAUGGAUGCAGUGCUCUACCAGCAAGUGAGGAAAGCACUGAGCAGUGUGCCACGUCCAGGGAGGAUGGGAGAGGUGAAGGACAGGCUGCUGAGCAGCUGAAUUCUAAGUCUGCAAGGGAGAAUGAAGAAGAGCUUGAACACAAGGACCCAAGUGUAAGAGAAGUAGCCGACAAGCAGAACGGAGUAGCAGAGAGUGAAACGCCAGCCCGAAACACCAGUUCAAAACUGCUCACCGGCAAAGCAGAGAUCUUCGCCCUGUUCAACAAGCCCAAAAGCCCACAGAGAUGCAGUCAGUAUUACACCGUGACCAUCCCCAUGAGGAUCUCCAGGAAUGGGCAGACAGUCAACAGCUUGGAAGCAAAUUGGCUGGAGCACAUGACAGAUCACUUCAGGAAAGGUGGCUCCUUGGUAAACGCUAUCUUCAGCCUUGGAAUGGUAAAUGAUUCCUUGCAUGGCACGGUGGAUGGAGUCUUUCUCUUUGAAGACGUUGCUGCAGAAGACAACAAAGCCAUGCAGGGCUACGACGCUAUUGUGGUGGAGCAGUGGACUGUGCUGAAGGGCGCCGAGGUGCAGGCAGACUACGUGCCGCUGCUCAACUCGCUGGCCGCCUACGGCUGGCAGCUCACGUGCGUGCUGCCCACCCCCGUGGUGAAGACCUGCAGGGAAGGGAAUUUAUCUACUAAGCAAAUUGUUUUUCUUCAGAGACCUUCGUUGCCCCAAAAAGCAAAGAAGAAAGAAUCAAAGUUCCACUGGAGGUUCUCCAAGGAGGACGUGCACAGCCGACACUCGAAUAAGGCCGGGAAGGCCAAGCUAAGCGCCAGGGAGAAGCAAAUGGCGGAGGGGGAGCAGGAAUUUGAAGUCAUGGAGAACACAAGAAACCUGGCGGCGCGGACGGCGGCGGGCGGGGCUAAUUGCAAAAUUUUGUUGGCUUUACUAAAAGUGAAAAAGCAAUUUAUUGCAAAAUUUCGUCGUCCUGCUGUCCUGUAA